AUGGCCCCUCACUUCCUCCUCCAGCACCUGGGCACAGCAGGAACCUACGCCAGGAUCCUGUUUGUGGACUUCAGCUCCGCCUUCAACACCAUCAUCCCGGCUCUGCUGCAAGACAAGCUCUCCCAGCUGCACGUGCCCGACUACUCCUGCAGGUGGAUCACAGACGNGAAAGGUCAGUGUUUCCUCUACAUGAAGGUGAUCGAGAGAGCAGCUUUCCCUGCCAGGAUGUGGGAGAAGGUGAAGCUCAGUAGGAACUACGAGAAGGCUCUGGAGCAGAUCGACGAGAGUCUGAUCUACUGGCCUCGAUUCCUCCGUCAUAAAUGCAAACAGCGUUUCACCAAAAUCACUCAGUACCUGAUCCGCAUGCGCAAACUGGUCCUCAAGAGACAGAGGAAGUUGGUCCCUCUCAGCAGGAAGGUGGAGAGGAGAGAGAAAAGGAAAGAGGAGAAAGCUCUCAUCGCUGCUCAGCUGGAUAACGCCAUCGAGAAGGAGCUUCUGGAGAGACUGAAGCAGGGAACGUAUGGAGACAUCUACAACUUCCCAGUCCACGCCUUCGACAAAGCUCUGGAGCAGCAGGAUGAGGAGAGCGAGGAAGAGGAGGAAGGAGAAGAUGAAGAGGAGGAGGAUGACGAGGGCGUUGGGAAGAGCGAGUUUGUCGCAGAAGAAGAGUUGGAGGAGAGCGACCUGAGCGACUUUGAGGAAAUGAAUAAACUGAAGACGAGCAGCGACGAGGAGGAACAGGACGAUGAGUCCAGUGGAGAGGAGGAAGAGGAGGAAGAAGAGGAGGAGGAUGAGAUGGAGGUCGAGACAAAGACGAAGGCGUCCUCCAAGUCUAAAGGCAAAUCCCCAGCCAACGGCUCGACAGCGAGGAAGAAGCGAGCGUACGUGGAGAUCGAGUACGAGACAGAGCCCGCCCCCAAGAGCAGAGCCACGUAGUGAUGUCACUUCCUCUGCUGCCAGUCAAACUGCCUCUGCUGAGGUCAUUAGUUUGCUCGUACAGACUGUGAAUGGAAGUUUGUAAAAGGACACACAGGACGGAUCUGACCUGGAAUCAGAUCGGAAUAUGAAACACCCAGAGUGACUUUAACUUUAUUUUCUGAUUAACAUGGAGUUUUAAAAAUGAUUGCUUUAUUUUCUUUUAUAUGUCAAGUCCAUAUUCCUGUUUGAAACCACAAAAUAACAGAUGUCAAUAAAUCCAUUUUGGAAAAAUAUGUAAACCUGCUUAUUAACUGUUUCUAUAAAUAUCUUAAUACUUCACCCUCAAAAAUGACUUUUUUUUCUUCCUUAACAGUUUGAAUACAGUAAAAUAACUAAGUACUUCAUGAAUGGCUUUCUUGCUGAGAGUUAGAUUGAUUAUCCAGCCAACUGCUUAGCUUAAAUAAAUCCAGAA